AUGUCCCUAGUCUACAAUCUCGUGACGCAGCAAGAUGCCAGCAAUAAUAUACAAAUCGCCCAUAGCAUGAAGCAAGACUCUACACCCAUGAAUGCAAUCGCUGCUCUGACAAUGGUCUUCCUUCCAGGUACCUUUGCAGGCACGGUGGUUGGUGCAGGGGUUCUGGGGGUGCCAUCAGAGAAAUGGUAUGGCUAA